AUGAUUGUGUGCAAAAUGAACUUAUAUAGCUUGUAAAAUGUCACUAAAAAUCCUAGAUACACUAAAUUAUUCGCAGGAUUAUGGAAGUGUUUUCAACACAUAGCAGCUCGUAGUAGAAAAAAAACUGCAGUUGACUAUUGUCGCAGUAACCAGUACAAACCAUAAAUAGGAUAAUCCUUGCUACCUCGAUCCUAUUAUUACCAAAAAAGCACUGUAAGAACACAAAUAUUUUACUGCAAUUGUCGACCGCCUUCGCAGGUAGCCUGGAACUAAUCGAUCCCGCCUUGUGUUUGUUUUUCGAUAUUUGACAGUACGAUCGUGCAGUUCUGAGGGCAGGUCUACUGGAGAGGUAGAGCGAAAGAGCAAAGAAAUCGCAGGUACUCGACCGAUGGCGACUAGUAUCGUGGAAAGGUAAAGAAAGAAAAGAACGGCAUAUGUAAAUUUCUUUACAUUAGCUUCAAACCCGCAUUACCUAACGGUCUAAAAGAGUACUGACAAGUGCGUCAGGAGAUUUCACCGGUAAACAACCGGUUAGUGAACAGAAAAACCUGGAACUGAACGGACGUAACAAGUGAAAGUGAUCAAGCUAAUUUCUAGAAGGAAAACAAACAUGCAUAGCUUACUGAUGGCUCUAGUACUGAUCGCGUUCGGAGUCGACACAUCGGAGGAACGCUCGAUGGAAUAUCUAGCGAACAGAGCUGCGGCAAAGGGUUGCGUCCAAUUGCCAGAACCAAUCCUGUCGGAUAUUUUAGGACCGGCUUUUAAUUCCCGCUACAUGAGCAUCGAGAAGCCUCCCGUCAUGGAAGAUGAACCGAUCAAUGGUGAAGGAGGAAAUGGAAAGCGAGGCAUAACACGAGGACUGUAUCCGUCGUUCUACGUAGACGAAGACCAUCUGGAGGAGGUCGGUAACGAUCCGGCCUGGGCGGUAAACCACGCGAAAGACACGGCAAAUCCAGUGCUCAAAGCACCCCGCGGCAAGCGGGACGCUUUCAUUUCGUUGCUGAACGAUAUGAGUCAUGAGAGCCGAUCGGGACGAUCGUAUCGCGGUAGAGGACAAAUAAAAAACCAAUUUAGCUCUAGACCGUGGGAAUGCGAAGGCAAAAUCCGUUGGCUCGAUCUUGGUGUGGAGUACUUUCCCCGGUAUCUACGAACGGUCGAGUGUGCCAAGUCACGCUGCUGGUAUGGCCAUUACCAGUGCGUUCCACGAUCAUUUACGGUGAAGAUUCUUCGCCGCAGAACGGGGGAAUGCGUUUCGAGCGGACAGCUCAAGAAUAUCGGCGUUGAAGGACUACCCGGUGAACUGCGCGAACUGUGGGUUUGGGAAGAGCGAGCGGUCAAUUUUUGCUGCGACUGUGCGGCACAAUAAAUGAAGGACUAGUGGAACCGGCGUCAGAGCAGGUUACUGAUGUGAAAUUGUAAAUCGUAAACUUAAGCAAAUGAGCCGCAUUCCUGUCUUUUUAACCCAGGAUGUUGUAAAUAGUAAAAACAAUCUAGUCGUGCAAU